AUGUCUGGCAUCACUGGGAACGUGGAAUGCGAGGAGUGCUUAUCUUCUGGACAUCUACCCAACAGCACGGAGUUACAUGUGCAUCCCACCUUGGAUGACGACGAGGAACUUCUGAGAUACAUUUGGAGAGAGUAUUUACACCCCAAGCAGUAUGAAUGGGUUCUCAUUGUGGCUUACAUUAUUGUAUUCUUCGUUUCACUCAUUGGGAACUCGCUUGUUUGUUUUGCAGUAUGGAAGAACCGUCACAUGCGCACCGUGACAAACUAUUUCAUAGUGAAUCUUUCCCUGGCUGAUGUGCUGGUCACCAUCAUCUGCCUGCCUGCCAGUCUUGUGGUAGACAUCACAGAGACGUGGUUCUUUGGAAACACUCUGUGCAAAAUUGUCCCUUAUCUGCAGACCAUCUCUGUUUCUGUAUCAGUCCUAACGCUGAGCUGCAUCGCCCAGGACCGUUGGUAUGCCAUCUGUCACCCACUGAUGUUCAAGAGUACAGCCAAGAGGGCGCGCAAGAGUAUUGUUGUCAUCUGGGUUGUGUCGUGUAUCAUCAUGAUCCCCCAGGCUAUCGUGAUGGAGUGUAGCAGCCUGCUGCCUGAACUCACAAAUAAGACCAGUCUGUUCACGGUGUGUGAUGAGCACUGGGGAGCUGAGAUCUACCCAAAGGUGUACCACACCUGUUUCUUCAUUGUCACAUACUUCGCACCACUGUGCCUAAUGGUCCUGGCAUACAUUCAGAUUUGUCACAAGCUGUGGUGUCAACAGAUUCCUGGAAGCACAUCAGUGCUGCAGAGGAAGUGGAAGUCUAUCAAAUGCUCAGCUCCAACUCCAGGACCGGGGGAGUCAGUGAGGGUUAGAACCAGCACGGUUUGUGCUGAGAUCAAACAAGUCAGAGCCCGGAGGAAGACAGCUCGCAUGCUGAUGGUGGUGCUCUUUGUUUUCGCCCUGUGCUACCUGCCAAUCAGUGUGCUCAAUGUCAUGAAAAGAGUGUUUGGGACAUUCAAGAAGACAAACGACAGAGAGACAGUGUAUGCGUGGUUCACUUUCUCACACUGGCUCAUAUAUGCCAACAGUGCUGCAAAUCCAAUCAUCUACAAUUUCCUAAGUGGGAAGUUCCGCGAGGAGUUCAAAUCAGCUUUUUCUUGUCAUUGUUGUGGCCAGCGUGAAAAUGAGACAAGGAGGAUAAGGACCAGAACGCGCACAGACAGUCGAAAAUCCCUCUCCACUCAAGUUCACAAUGUGGACAACGUGUCACGCAUAUCAGAUCAGAUGGUGUAGUCGUCUUAUAUUCCAGCUGGGGCACCUGAAGGACA